AUGGUUGGACCUAGAAAGCGACGUCAGGACCCUGACGACGAGGAGGAAGAGCUCGUAGCUCUCCCCAGCGACGAAGAUGAAGAAGAAGAAGAGUAUGAGGACUCCGAGCUUGAUGACGAGGAAGAUGGGGCCGAAGAAGAGGAUGACGAAGAAGAUGUAGAGGGAGAGGAGGAAGAGGGCGAAGAGGAAGAAGAAGAAAAGGCUCCUCCUCCUAAGAAGCGCAAGGCUGAGGCCGAACCUGUCGAACCCGCCUCAAAGAAAUCCAAGCCCACGACCACAGGCGGUAAAGAAGACGAAGAAGAAGAUGCCGAAGACGAGGCUCCGGAAGAUGGUGCGGACGAGGAGGAGCACGAAGAAGAUGAACCUGCAGUCAAGACCAAAGUCGUCACUGGUUCUGAAAGCAAGGCAGCAGCUGCCGAGGCUGGAACGGAGGAUCUUGACGGUGAAGAGUAG